UUUUGAGAACGACAAAUAAUUACUCCAAUUUUCAAGAUUUCUCACAGCUUACGUAUACGCCGUUACCUACUCCUCUUACUUUUGCCAGCGAACAUACGGGUCAUGAAUUCACCAGUGUGGAUGGUAAUCAACAGAGUCAUCAUAAUAACGACGGACCGACGGCAGAUACCACCGACAAGUUUUUUUUAACCGCAGCCGAUCCAUCAGAUGGUACAUCUGAAGACCGAUUGACCCAGGUGAUUAACGCAAAGUUUGAAGCUGGAUUCUUGAAACCAUAUAAUUACGUCAAUGGAUACUAUCGCUUAUCACAAUAUAUGGACAAUCAUAUGUCUAAUCUAAGUAGACAACGAAUUUUGAGCUCACUGAGUAUUUUCCGCCCUUCCUUCCGUAACGUUGCACAAUCAUUAACGGACGUGGGCCUAGUUAUGGUUGAAGGAGUAUUUGAACGUCUUUUAUUGGAUUACGAUAGGGUAUUUAGCUCUAUGGGUAUUCCGGCAUGCCUAUGGCGUAGAACAGGUGAAAUAUAUAAGGGCAACAAAGAAUUCGCUUCUCUUGUAGGUGUGCCAGUUGAGAUGCUAAGAGAAGGACGCCUAUGUAUAUACGAGUUGAUGAUGGAAGAAUCAGCUGUAAAUUAUUGGGAGAAAUAUGGAAAUAUAGCUUUCGAUGCAGGCCAAAAGGCUGUAUUAACAUCAUGUUUGUUGAAAGGACCAGAUCAAGACCCUCAAAAUGUUACAUCAUGUUGCUUUUCGUUCACAAUUCGCCGUGAUAAGUAUAACAU